CGCGAAUUGAGAGUACCGUCACUCUUGGAUGCAACAUACAGCAAUGGUUUGACCCGUUUAUUUACCUUCUUGCCCUUCGAAAUAUGCAUUGGAGGAUUUCGCUGUUCCCCAUAGCCCGUGUUGAAUCGACAUGACGAGACAUCCCAGCUACCUGCGAUAGGCCUCCACCAGCUCGCUAUGAUCAAAGCCAUCUUCUACAGCAAAUUCGACACCCAAGAGGGUCCCAAAGUCGUCCACCAAGUACCCGACGGUGCCAUCGUCCCCUCCACCACAGCCCCCUCGCAAGAACCAUUCUUCAGGUUCUCUGAUAUCUCAUUCUUUGUGAUCCCGCGCCAGGAGCUAUGCGGGAACCUGAUCCAGGCGUGUACAAACGGAUUCCGCAUCCUCGGCUACCCGAUCUGCAUGAAGUCGCCGCAGUAUAACCGCAACGAAUUUAUUUUCAAUUUCUGUAUCGUACUAUCUGAGGAUGAGGAAUUUAAUACAUAUAAGAGUGUGGUACAGAAACUGGCAGAUCUCAUGCAUGGCCUGGAGGAACAGAGUGGUUUCUUGUCGCGGGAUCACUCGAGAAGCGGCGAGGGGAAGGUGUAUAGCCUGUGUGAGACUUUGAUGGAGGAUUUGAAUAAUUAUUGCGAGUGCAUGAUUCCAAUUGAUGAAUUGAAUACUUUGAACAUCAAGUUGUUUCCAAUUUAUCCAAACCCUCCUCUUGUCAAGGCAUGGCAGGUCCCUCUUUUCACCGUCCGAUAUCAGGCCUUUAUGGAUGAAAAUUGGGAUCUGACAUUGCAAAGGAUAGUACCCCAUAUUAAUGGUGUCAACAGUAUCAAGAUAAUCUCCAUUCUUGCAGAUACUGAUUUCUCUCUCACCUGUCGCGCCAUCCGCCACCUGCUUUACUAUGGCUGCCUGUUUCUUCUGGAUAUCUUCUCCUUUUCCGCUAUCUAUGCGCCAACUUCGCAGUUCAGCUCCACAAUUGCAUCCGAUGAUGCCAUGCAACAAGAAUGUGCACGAUAUAUCAAUACGCGCUUUGCCCCACUCUCAAUAAACGUUACCCCGUCCCCGGUAAGUGUAGGGGGUCUGUUAUCAAGCCCUCACAGUGAGAUUCAUCCAAAUCUAUGGCGUGCAGGCGGUUAUUCCACUGCUUCUGUCACGAUCUGGCCGCUAGUUGGCAGCAACGGAGAGAGCAGCAGCGGUAGCAGCAAAGCUGUAACUGAAGGUAUGGACAGGGAGGGCCAUUUACCCCAAGUCGUCGAUGGUGUCGGCAUUGUGGAACUCUACGCCAGCUUAAGACAAGGCCAAAGCAUCAAACAAUGGUACAUGAAACAUUCCGAGCAAUUGGCCAAUAUUGAUAUCCGCCGCUUCAUAACUUUCGGCAUUAUCAAGGGCUUUUUAUACCGUGUGCACAAGUACGCAUUCGAAACAGGCCAACCAGCUCCAGCAGCGCAAAUGGAGCCGCGGGCUGGAAGUACACAUGCGAACGCGAGCACAACCGGAAAGCAGUCAGACAUAUCAUCGAGCAGGAAUGGCACUUCCUUCUCCUCAAGCGCGAGAGAUGGCAACAAUAACAAUACCCAUAGCCCCACGGACAAUUCCCCUCCCCUCCAGACGGGCCGACACGGUGAUAUAUCAGAAAAAUCGGCAUCCUACCGGAGCACCUAUGUCCACGACUACGGUCCCAGCCACGGUCAUAGUUACGAGGAUGAAGACGAAGAAGUCGUCGACAACAAAACACUCUCCAAGUACCUCGACGGCAUGCAUUGUUUUGACCAGAUUUGCACGGAGCUAGAGAUGAGUGAGAAGGAGCUCACCGCUAGGUUGAAGAGGUAUCCAUAUGAGGUUCUGAUCAUUCAUCGAUGAUGAUAUUCGGUAUCAGUACGGUUGGCACAUCAUGGAUAUUGUUACUAUUCAGGCAAUGGAGAGAAGGAAUGUUUGGAUACUUUUGCAUUCCCCAUAUUGAUAUCUGAUGCACAUUUUUAGCAAUGUAUACUUUAUCUAGCUAAUAAUGCCUGGGAAUAAGGAUAGUGUUUUCUUUGACUUUCUCAUCUACUUCCAGCAAAUAAGUGUGACCGAGCCCAUUCAUUCACUUGUUACCAUUCA